AUGGCUUGUACAAGACAAUCUGCUUUAGAGUACAUUCAAAAUGGAAGGAGACUUCUCAUUGAAAGGCUCCAGAAUCUGUCCCUGAUUGUGGAAAACCUGUUCCAGCGCAAAGUUCUUCACGAGGAGGAAGUCAGUAAAAUUCAGGCAGAAGUUGACCGUUUUGACCAAACCAGAAAAAUACUGGACUCGGUCACAGCCAAAGGAGAAGCUGCAUGCUACGAGUUACUGAUGAUUCUAGACAUCACAAGGAAGAGGACCUUAGACAACGCUGACUUACAGCAAUGGAUAAGCUGCUUCCCCUUCAAGGAAGACCCAGAGAUGACAGAUUACCUUGUUGGCAAGUGAUAUAUUAUAUUAUACAAUUAGUAUACAGUAUAUAGUAUACAAUUGGCUGGGCAGAAAAUAGCAGACAUGAGUUGAAAUUAGUUUUCUUUCAAUCUUUAACUUUUUUGGUGUUUUAUUUAGCUUACUGUGUGCAUCGGGUGGACAGGGUUUCUGUUGGCACAGUGCAUUUACUCUCUUUUCUCUUUUAUACCCUUAUUUCAGGUUCAAAACCCUGUCACAGAUAUCAGACACAGCUGAAAUGUAAAGCUCGAAAGAUCACAGAGGGUACAUGGAAACAAAGCCGUAGUCUCCUACCAGAGAGAUGUAGAAAUGAGGUGACUUUCUCUUACACUCCUCUUGUGUUAGAUACAGACGUGCAUUCAUCUCUCUCUAAAAUCAAAAUGAAGAACAAAAGAUGCAAGAAAGCUCGCCUUAAAAAGCUAAAGAGCUUCAUCCCCAUGGCCAAACAGGAAACAUCCCUGGCUGACCUGCUUAAAACACCAGAGAGAAGGAUCCUCUUAGUUGGAAAACCUGGAAUUGGAAAGACAACAGUCGCCCAUCAAAUGUUGAACCUCUGGGCAGAGAAAGAUCACACUGAACUAGAUUACAUGUUUUAUUUUGAUGUGAGAGACAUUUCACCCAGCACAAAUCCCAUGAGACUGGAGGACCUUCUCUUUGACAUGUACAGUGAGCCAGAAGAAAGUAGAGAAGACGUGUUACAGGAUAUUAAGAAGAACUCUGAAAACGUUGUCAUCAUUUUUGAUGGAAUCACAGACCUCUCCUCUCAUUCAGUAAUAAAGAAACUUGUGGACAAGGACCUCCUCCCUGAUGCGAAGAUUGUGAUCACAUGCAGACCAGAGGUUCCAUCAGAAGACUUCCUGACAGACUGGCCCUCGUUCAGAGCCGAGGUGAAAGGGUUCAGUGAUGAGUCCAUCCAGGCUUUCUUAAAGAAGAUGCUGAGUGCUGAGCCUAACCCUAACCCAAACCAUGACUCCUUGAGCAGUGUGUUAAACAACCUAGAGUUGUUCAGUCUGUGCCAUGUCCCGAUGUAUGCAUUGAUGGUGGUUGCCUGCAUUCAUUAUUAUACCCCAGAUGCUUCUAAGCAGCCAUGGCCUACAACUAAGAUGUACAUCAACAUCCUCCGUUACUGCAUCCUAAAACACAGUGGCAAACAACUGAAGGAUCUCGACAAGUGUCUCGUAGAAAACAGAGAAAAAAUAUUGUCUUUAGCAGAAAUUGCUUUCGAUGCAACACAGCAAAAAACGAUGAACUUGACAGCACUGAGCUGCGAAGUAAGCAGUGUCCAGUUUGCUUUCUUGGGUGCGCUUAUGAUUAUGGUCGAGCCCACAGCAUCAGACACUUACUCUGCAUUUCUCCAUUACACAAUGCAGGAGUUCUUUGGUGCCAUUUGGCUCUUACAGAAUCCAGGCAAAAUCAGAGAGGUUCUACAGAAGUGCCAGACUGAAGAAUGGAAACACACAAAACACGUGGUUCCUUUCUUGUGUGGGCUUCUGAAUGAGAGGAAUAUUCGAUUGGUAAAUGGUCUAGUUCCAGCUCAACAGAUCAAGAAGACGUCAGAUUGGUUCUUCAAGGAAGUGGUGAACACAUUUCUUCCACUUCAAACAAACCACGAUCAUGCAGAAGGUGGUGCUCCUGAGUUUGAGAUAGAUCUUCUGUUUUUAUGUCAGUGCUUAUAUGAAUCUCAGUCCACUGAGGCCUGUCUGCUUCUUCUGGACAAACUGGACUACAAUCUACACCUGGAUGAAGAACAUCUUGAUCCUCACCAGUGCUGUGCAGUCUCCUAUGUGAUCAGUCAGUCUGCAGAGAGAAAGGUUGGCUUGGACCUGAACAGCUGUACUGUGUCAGACCAAGGACUAAGGCUGAUACUGGGCUCUCUGAAGAAUGUCCGAUAUCUUGGGUAAUAUUUGUGUUAUAUAUUUGUGUAAUUUCGUUUUCUAAUGCACCAAUUUAUUUCCAAUUAACUAGUCAAAUAAAUAACAUUGGGAUAAGGCAAACCUUAUCCAAAACGUUCUACAUUUUUCUAUUGUAUUCUCCUUCAUUCAGAUACUGAGUUAUAAGCACUUCUGUUUCAUGCUACUUUGAAACUUGACGAAUUUAAUUAUAAUAUACAGUGAGGGAAAAAAGUAUUUGAUCCCCUGGUGAUUUUGUACGUUUGCCCACUGACAAAGAAAUGAUCAGUCUAUAAUUUUAAUGGUAGGUUUAUUUGAACAGUGAGAGACAGAAUAACAACCAAAAAAUCCAGAAAAACGCAUGUCAAAAAUGUUAUAAAUUGAUUUGCAUUUUAAUGAGGGAAAUAAGUAUUUGACCCCCUCUCAAUCAGAAAGAUUUCUGGCUCCCAGGUGUCUUUUAUACAGGUAACGAGCUGAGAUCAGGAGCACACUCUUAAAGGGAGUGCUCCUAAUCUCAGUUUGUUACCUGUAUAAAAGACACCUGUCCACAGAAGCAAUCAAUCAAUCAGAUUCCAAACUCUCCACCAUGGCCAAGACCAAAUAGCUCUCCAAGGAUGUCAGGGACAAGAUUGUAGACCUACACAAUGCUGGAAUGGGCUACAAGACCAUCGGCAAGCAGCUUGGUGAGAAGGUGACAGUUGGUGCGAUUAUUCGCAAAUGGUAGAAACACAAAAGCACUGUCCAUCUCCCUCGGCCUGGGGCUCCAUGCAAAAUCUCACCUCGUGGAGUUGCAAUGAUCAUGAGAACGGUGAGGAAUCAGCCCAGAACUACACGGGAGGAACUUGUGAAUGAUCUCAAGGCAGCUGGGACCAUAGUCACCAAGAAAACAAUUGGUAACACACUACGCCGUGAAGGACUGAAAUCCUGCAGCGCCCGCAAGGUCCCCUACUCAAGAAAGCACAUAUACAUGCCCGUCUGAAGUUUGCCAAUGAACAUCUGAAUGAUUCCGAGGACAACUGGGUGAAAGUGUUGUGGUCAGAUGAGACCAAAAUUGAGCUCUUUGGCAUUAACUCAACUCGCCGUGUUUGGACGAGGAGGAAUGCUGCCUAUGACCCCAAGAACACCAUCCCCACCGUCAAACAUGGAGGUGGAAACAUUAUCCUUUGGGGGUGUUUUUCUGCUAAGGAGACAGGACAACUUCACAGCAUCAAAGGGUCGAUGGACGGGGCCAUGUACCGUCAAAUCUUGGGUGAGAACCUCCUUCCCUCAGCCAGGGCAUUGAAAAUGGGUCGUGGAUGGGUAUUCCAGCAUGACAAUGACCAAAAUCACACGGCCAAGGCAACAAAGGAGUGCCUCAAGGAGAAGCACAUUAAGGUCCUGGAGUGGCCUAGCCAGUCUCCAGACCUUAAUCCCAUAGAAAAUAUGUGGAGGGAGCUGAAGUUUCGAGUUGCCAAACGUCAGCCUCGAAACCUUAAUGACUUGGAGAAGAUUUGCAAAGAGGAGUGGGACAAAAUCCCUCCUGAGAUGUGUGCAAACCUGGUGGCCAACUACAAGAAACAUCUGACCUCUGUGAUUGCCAACAAGGGUUUUGCCACCAAGUACUAAGUCAUGUUUUGCAGAGGGGUCAAAUACUUAUUUCCCUCAUUAAAAUGCAAAUCAAUUCAUAACAUUUUUGACAUGCGUUUUUCUGGAUAAUUUUUUUGUUAUUCUGUCUCUCACUGUUCAAAUAAACCUACCAUUAAAAUUAUAGACUGAUCAUUUCUUUGUCAGUGGGCAAACGUACAAAAUCAGCAGGGGAUCAAAUACUUUUUUCCCUCACUGUACUAUUUCAAAACCCUUUUCUGAUCAUAGAUCUGACCCCUCAAUGCUGUGUCAACUCUGGACAACUUUGCUGCGCAGUGAGGCAGACAUUGACUUCACCAGCUUACUUGGUCUUUGUGGAAAUGAGUUGCACCUUCCAGUCCUCGGUGAAAUACGAAUGUUUGAGAGAGCAGAAAAAGUGAUGAAGCAGAGCCUAGAGAGGGUUAACCUCUGUCUACACUGGGAUCGGAGAACUCUUCUCAGUGAAGAUCUCAGCAAGACCAUUUUAAAGUGUUUAACACAUAUCAACAAACUCAGGUCAGUGUUUCCACAGCCAGGUGGUACCCAGGCAGUGCCACAGCCAUGCACAGUGUGCCAGGUCUUCUUCUUAAUCAACUCUGUUGUGAUGCCUUGGAACAUCACAACAUUCCUGAUCUUCAGGAAGUGUGUUGCUGUCUAGAUAGUUGAUGUAGUAUGGGGAGUUAGCCAUAAGCUAGUGACCAACUGCAGCUGAAUACACCUCUGCUGAGAUGAGCUGUAAUAUAAGUCAAUACAAUGCACAAUUACACUUUGUAAUAGCAGGCCAUAAUUAAAUAGUCCUUUAACUGAAACUGUUACACAAAAUAGUGAUAUGUAUACAAUAACAAUAUGCUGAAUCACUAUUGUUACAGUAAUAUUACAAUAAUGUUGUAACAUUAUUAUGAAUAACAUUUUAUACUUUAUAAAGAGGGAUUGUUUGAUAUAUAUCAGUGAAGUGGUCAAUAGCAAAACUGUUAACUUGUCUAGAAUUACAGAAGAUUGUUCUUACCUGCUAUUGCUAGACAAAUGCAGGAUUAUUAAACAGUAUUCUUAGGAAACCUACAGUAGUGCUUCUUACAGAGUGCUUUAGUGCUUUAAUUUCCUGGUUUAAACUCGUCUCUACACAAAGAUUGAUAAGGCACAUAGAGUAGGGUUCUCCAACUGAUGGGCCAGUUAAAUUGUUGGAGAUAAAAGUCUCCCGAGUGGCGCAGUGGUCUAAGGCCACUAGAGAUCCUGGUUCGAAUCCAGGCUCUGCUGUAGCCGGCCGCAACCGGGAGACCAAUGGGGCGGCGCACAAUUGGCCCAGCGUCGUCCAGGGUAGGGGAGGGAAUGGCCAGCAGGGAGGUAGCUCAGUUGGUAGAGCAUGGCGUUUGCAACGCCAGGGUUGUGGGUUCGAUUCCCACGGGGGGUCAGUAUGAAAAUAAAAAAGAAUAAUGUAUGCACUAACUGUAAGUCGCUCUGGAUAAGAGCGUCUGCUAAAAGACUGUGAAAACACCAGCACAUCAGCUCCAAGUGAUUUUAAUUUUGGGAAAUCUGUUCCAAAGUAUUCCCACACAUAAUAGAGGUUUGAAACUAUGUUUUAGUCUAAUAUUAUAUUUGUUUGGGCUUCUUGCGAUCAAUUUGCAGUCUACAAAUUAUUUGUAAUUACAGUGAGGGAAAAAAGUAUUUGAUCCCCUGCUGAUUCUUUACGUUUGGCCACUGACAAAGAAAUGAUCAGUCUAUAACUUUAAUGGUAGGUUUAUCUGAACAGUGAGAGACAGAAUAACAACAAAAAAAUCCAGAAAAACGCUUGUCAAAAAUGUUAUGAAUUGAUUUGCAUUUUAAUGAGGGAAAUAAGUAUUUGACCCCCUCUCAAUCAGAAAGAUUUCUGGCUCCCAGGUGUCUUUUAUACAGGUAACGAGCUGAGAUUUGGAGCACACUCUUAAAGGGAGUGCUCCUAAUCGCAGCUUGUUACCUGUAUAAAAGACACCUGUCCACAGAAGCAAUCAAUCAAUCAGAUUCCAAACUCUCCACCAUGGCCAAGACCAAAGAGCUCUCCAAGGAUGUCAGGGACAAGAUUGUAGACCUACACAAGGCUGGAAUGGGCUACCAGACCAUCGCCAAGCAGCUUGGUGAGAAGGUGACAGUUGGUGCGAUUAUUCGCAACUGGAAGAAACACAAAAGAACUGUCAAUCUCCCUCGGCCUGGGGCUCCAUGCAAGAUCUCACCUCGUGGAGUUGGAAUGAUCAUGAGAACGGUGAGGAAUCAGCUCAGAACUACACGGGAGGAUCUUGUCAAUGAUCUCAAGGCAGCUGGGACCAUAGUCACCAAGAAAACAAUUGGUAACGCACUACGCCGUGAAGGACUGAAAUCCUGCAGCGCCCGCAAGGUCCCCCUGCUCAAGAAAGCACAUAUACAGGGCCGUCUGAAGUUUGCCAAUGAACAUCUGAAUGAUUCAGAGGAGAACUGGGUGAAAGUGUUGUGGUCAGAUGAGACCAAAAUCGAGCUCUUUGGCAUCAACUCAACUCGCCAUGUAUGGAGGAGGAGGAAUGCUGCCUAUGACCUCAAGAACACCAUCCCCACCGUCAAACAUUGAGGUGGAAACAUUAUGCUUUGGGGGUGUUUUUCUGCCAAGGGGACAGGACAACUUCACCGCAUCAAAGGGACGAUGGACGGGCCAUGUACCGUCAAAUCUUGGGUGAGAACCUCUUUCCCUCAGCCAGGGCAUUGAAAAUGGGUCGUGGAUGGGUAUUCCAGCAUGACAAUGACCAAAAUCACACGGCCAAGGCAACAAAGGAGUGCCUCAAGGAGAAGCACAUUAAGGUCCUGGAGUGGCCUAGCCAGUCUCCAGACCUUAAUCCCAUAGAAAAUAUGUGGAGGGAGCUGAAGUUUCGAGUUGCCAAACGUCAGCCUCGAAACCUUAAUGACUUGGAGAAGAUUUGCAAAGAGGAGUGGGACAAAAUCCCUCCUGAGAUGUGUGCAAACCUGGUGGCCAACUACAAGAAACAUCUGACCUCUGUGAUUGCCAACAAGGGUUUUGCCACCAAGUACUAAGUCAUGUUUUGCAGAGGGGUCAAAUACUUAUUUCCCUCAUUAAAAUGCAAAUCAAUUCAUAACAUUUUUGACAUGCGUUUUUCUGGAUAAUUUUUUUGUUAUUCUGUCUCUCACUGUUCAAAUAAACCUACCAUUAAAAUUAUAGACUGAUCAUUUCUUUGUCAGUGGGCAAACGUACAAAAUCAGCAGGGGAUCAAAUACUUUUUUCCCUCACUGUACUAUUUCAAAACCCUUUUCUGAUCAUAGAUCUGACCCCUCAAUGCUGUGUCAACUCUGGACAACUUUGCUGCGCAGUGAGGCAGACAUUGACUUCACCAGCUUACUUGGUCUUUGUGGAAAUGAGUUGCACCUUCCAGUCCUCGGUGAAAUACGAAUGUUUGAGAGAGCAGAAAAAGUGAUGAAGCAGAGCCUAGAGAGGGUUAACCUCUGUCUACACUGGGAUCGGAGAACUCUUCUCAGUGAAGAUCUCAGCAAGACCAUUUUAAAGUGUUUAACACAUAUCAACAAACUCAGGUCAGUGUUUCCACAGCCAAUAUAUAUUUAUUACAUGUCUUUGUGACUAUUAAUUCAUUUAAGUCAAUUAAGAACAUAGGUUGUCAAUGUAAACAAGAACAAUAUCAAGAGGCUAAGGCCUAGACAAAGAAGACACUGCAACAAUACAACAAGAGACACAUGGCAACAGUAUUUAGCCUCCAAAAGAGGCAGUCACUUUCUCCCUGUAUUUACAGUAUCUAAAUGUAGACUUUCUUAUGCAUUAUGGUUCACAGUUUUACCCCACUACAAGAUCAGAGAGGAUCCCCUGAAAAACUGGAGAAAGAAGAGAAAGCAGUCCUACUAGAUUUGUGUCUACAAGCAGCACUAUAUCACAGAGAAACGUUCAAGGGAGCUGUGAACACACUGCUGUCACUGUUCUCUGUGUAUCAAACUGAGAGAUAUGACAUCCUGCUGGAUCUGUACUGGCAUGUGAAGUACAAUAGGAAACAAGCAGGCAGGGGUAUCCUUCCAUCAUUGAGGCCACUUUACCAGCCAGCUCCAGCAGUUUACCAUGAUCGGAAAUGGGAUAUCCUGCUGGAUCUGUACUCGCAUGUGAAGGACUAUGAGACUCAAACAGGCAGGAGUGUCCUUCCAGCAUUACAGACAGUUUACCAGUCAGCUCCAGCAGUCUGGUCCAUAGACCUCUCAGAGAGAAAGGCCUCCCUCCUCCUAGAAGUGCUGAAACUCCAACCAGAGAAGAAACCAGUAGAGCUGAAAGGCUGGUCAGACGAAGAGAGUGAAGUGAGGAGUUUCCUUCAGUGUCUGCCCUACAUCUCACAGCUGAGGUGAGUUGGAUCAAGACAGUUGAAGGAUUGUUUGUCCCUGUAUUUCCCUUUUUAAAAGGAAGUUUGUUCGUAACAAUCUAAUAUGCUAAACGUACACAUUCAAUUUUGAAAAGAUGCAAUCUUACUUUGUGGUCAUGAUAAUAAGGAACGACUGAAGUGGACGAUGAGUUUAGAAAGAUACUCAUGUUAUUUUACCCGCCAUAAUGUGACCAUCAGAAAUGCAUACUGUAUCUCACAUAUUCAUCUAUUUGUUGUUAAACUUUUCAUGCAGUUUUACUUCACCACAGUAUCAGAGAAGAUCCCCUGAAGAGUGGAGAAAGCGAGAGAAGAUAUUCCUACUGAAUCUGUGUCUUCAAGCAGCCCUCCAUGAGAGAGAAACCUUACAAACAACUGUAGAGAAAGUGUUGUCACUGUCUGAAGUAUAUUACGAUCAGAAAUGUGAUUUUCUGCUGGAUCUGUACUUGCAUGUGAAGGACUAUGAGACUCAAACAGGCAGGAGUGUCUUUCCAGCAUUACAGACAGUUUACCAGUCAGCUCCUGCAGUCUGGUCCAUAGACCUCUCAGAGAGAAAGGCUUCUCUCCUCCUAGAAGUGCUGAAACUCCAACCAGAGAAGAAACCAGUAGAGCUGAAAGGCUGGUCAGAUGAAGAGAGUGAAGUGAGGAGUUUCCUUCAGUGUCUGUCCUACAUCUCACGGCUCAGGUGAGUUGGAUCAGUACAGUUCAGGGAUUGUAGUUGUCUGUCCCUGUAUUUCCCUUUAGAGAGGUUUGUUUGUAGCUUUCUGCAUUAGCCUAAUAUGCUAAGUAUACACAUACUGUUUUGAAAAGAUGCAAUCUUACUUUGUAGUCUACGGAACAAUUGAAGUGGAUGAUGAGUGUUGAAAGAUAGCUGUACUUUAUCUACCAUAAUGUAACCAUUAGAAAUUCAUAUCAUCCCUCCAACACUUUCUUCAUCUCUUUAAUGUUAAACUGUUUGUGCAGGUUUGCUCCACAACAGGAUCUGAUAGGAUCCCCUGAAGAGUGGCGAAAGCGAGAGAAGACAUUCCUACUGAAUCUGUGUCUUCAAGCAGCCCUCCAUGAGAGAGAAACCUUACAAACAACUGUAGAGAAAGUGUUGUCACUAUCUGACAUUUAUUGCGAACGGAAAUGGGAUCUCCUGCUGGAUCUGUACUCGUAUGUGAAGGACUAUGAGACUCAAACAGGCAGGAGUGUCCUUCCAGCAUUACAGACAGUUUACCAGUCAGCUCCAGCAGUCUGGUCCAUAGACCUCUCAGAGGGAAAGGCCUCCCUCCUCCUAGAAGUGCUGAAACUCCAACAAGUGAAGAAACCAGUAGAGCUGGAAGGCUGGUCAGACAAAGAGAGUGAAGUGAGGAGUUUCCUUCAGUGUCUGCCCUACAUCUCACAGCUGAGGUGAGUCUGAACAUGUGUGAUGGUUAGUGAUUAUGUGAUGCUAGUGAUUAUUGUAUUUUAGAAACCUGGUAAAUAUAAAAGUUCAAAUGUUGGUUACAUUUCUACUCAGAUUUCCUGAAAUAACAUGUUGUAUUACAAAAUGUCACACAUAGAUAAUUUGAAUUUCUCUAAGAUUAUAUAAUUUUUCAUAAAACAAAAGCACAUAAUGUAAAUGUACCUACUUCAUAUAUCUUUUAGCGAUGACUGGUUUCAUGUGUCCAUCCAUGUCUGAAUCAGCUGUUACUGUCCUUGUUGCAGUUUCUAUCCAUGGUGGUCUGAUAACUCAACGCUGAUCAAGUACCUGGUGGGUCUCCUGUCUCAAGCAGCAGAGUGGGAGGAGCAGACAGGAGAGAAGACACUGAAGCUGCUAUCAUCAGUGUGUACUUACAGCACUUUCCCUCUCUGUGACUGGGUUGAUAACGAUAAGUGGUUUCAAUGUGAUAUCCUGCUGGAUCUGUACUCGUAUGUGAAGGACUAUGAGACUCAAACAGGCAGGAGUGUCCUUCCAGCAUUACAGCCAGUUUACCAGUCAGCUCCUGCAGUCUGGUCCAUAAACCUCUCAGAGAGAAAGGCCUCCCUCCUCCUAGAAGUGCUGAAACUCCAACCAGAGAAGAAACCAGUAGAGCUGGAGGGCUGGUCAGACAAAGAGAGUGAAGUGAGGAGUUUCCUUCAGUGUCUGCCCUACAUCUCACAGCUGAGGUGAGUCUGAACAUGCUGUAUGUGGUUAGUGAUUAUGGGAUGCUAAUAGUGAUUUGUCGUUAUGAAAUCUUGUAACAUGAAACCUCAAUGUUUACUCAGAAUACCUGAUCUAUAAAACUCAGAUCACUUUAUGACAUGGCAUAUUAUGGAACUUUCUCUGUAACAUCACGUUAUUACUUUUCCAUAUGACAGUUGUAUAUUCAUGCUCUCUAAAUGUCGUCUGAUUUCAUGUGUCCCCUCAUGUUUUGCUGUUUCAGCUGUUAUUCUGACAGGUUCUUCCAGAGUGUGUGUGAAUCCUUCCCUGUGAGGUCCAGAGAGGAUGCCCAGCAGUUGGCCUCUCUCCUCCAGGCCUUGGGCUCCACCCUGUCACUGGGAGGAGAGUUACCCAGGAAAACAUGCAGGUCUGUGGUGAGAGUCCUAAGCCUCUGUGCCUCCAGAGUGGACCUCACUCUCACCCCCAGCAAGAUCUCUCUGAAAGGAGCCUCACUUCUCUUCACACAUGUGUCACAGCUACACAAGCUCAGGUAUGUUUUGUAAGCUAGAUUUACAAUUUUUAUUUUCUUAUUGAGCAUUUUAUCUGACAAGGUUUCUCUGUUUAAAAGUGACUUGAGUUAGUUUUUUUCAUUCCAGGCUGAAUGUGGGCAUGGCAGUGAAACUGUCCAGACUGGUCAGGAGGACAAGGAGCGGUGCUACUCCACUGACUCUCCCAGAGCUCUCCCUGGUCCUAAAGAGCAGCCAGCCACCAGAGAGAGUGUUAUCCAGGGCUCUGAGUGGUGUGGCGUCCCUGCUGAGACUCUGGACGGUGCAGUGUCUGGACCUAACUGACAUCUGCAUCCAGGGUCACUCUCUGAUCACACUGCUGUGUCACAAGGGUCCUCUCUCUCUCAGGUCAGUUUGAAGCUGUUUUUUUGUUUGUUUUUUUUACAAGUAGAAAUAAGUAGAACUUAUACAUGUGUUUUUAUUAAUAUUUGUGUUAUUUUCUGACUGCCUUUAUGUUCCAACCUCCUAGACUGCACUCAGACACUCUGCAGCAGCUGGCUGUAGUUGUGUAUGAAGCUCAGGACAAGGACUUGACUCAGUGGUUCCUGGAGAAGGUUUCUGGAGACCUGACCUCCUGCAGGCUGGACUGGGAAGUGCUUCUCUCUCUGCUGCAGCAGUCAACCCACAACAUCACUGUGGACUUCAGGAAGAACAGGCUUCUAGAGAAGAACAUCUCAGAUCUUCUCCCCUUUCUGGGAAGGGUUAUAUUCAAGAGGUGAGUGAACUUUAUUUAAUAUUGACUUUAAUUAUUAAUGUUCUACCCAGCCAGUUGUUGCUAUGUGAGUUCUCCUUGAUAAAACCUUAACAUAACCAUGUUACUGGGCCUUUCUGCAGGCCCAGUUCCAGCUUUGUAAAGUCCACCAUCAGACAGAUCUAUGACAGUAGAGCCAGUGACUGUGUGUCCAGUUUGUUGAGGUCUUCAGACCAUUGGAUCAACCUGAACAGCAGAGAGCUGGACAGAGUGGACUGUACUGCUCUGUGUUUUACCCUGCAGCACUGCCACCAAGUCAAAGUCAACCUGCUGUGGACCUCCAUACCAUCGGGGGAGAUAGAGAGCAUCCUGCCUCUUUUGGACAGAGUCGCCCAACUCAGGUUUAGUUGGCACUCUUUGACCAUUCUAGAAUGGAUAGAACUAUGACGCUUUACACUAUAUGACUGAUUUUAACCACUAACCCUAACCUUAGUGUAAUACACAAUGGGGCAACCCAUGGUAGUUGACGUGAUACAGAGUUGUAGUGUGUUUAUCAGUGUUUUAUUAUGUGCUGGUGGGUAAAUAAGCCUCUCUCGCUGUCUCUCUCUCUCUCUCUCUCGCUGUCUCUCUCUCUCUCGCUGUCUCUCUCUCUCUCGCUGUCUCUCUCUCUCUCUCUCUCUCUCUCUCUCUCUCUCUCUCUCUCUCUCUCUCUCUCUCUCUCUCUCUCUCUCUCUCUCUCUCUCUCUCUCUCUCUCUCUCUCCUGCUGUAGUGUUGACAGGAUGCUGCUGCUGAGUUUUCUCCACUGCUGCGCUGCCUCUCAGAUCCUGCAGGGGGCAACACCAACAACAGCAGCAGCAGGGCUGCUCAGGGCUCUGCAGCACAGGCUCGACUUCUCCUGCUCCUCCUCUGUGGACCUGUCAGCUCAUGACCAGGGGGAGGCGCUGUGUCUGACCACUGACCACUGUAGGGCCAUAAACUCUGUUCUGAAACAGAGCCAACACAGCACACAGCUGGUUCAGAACCAGACCCGGAACCAGUCCCAAAACCAGCCCCAGCCCAGACCCCAGGUGCAGCUCAUCCUGAAAGACUGUGAGGUGGAGCACGGAGCACUGAGAGAGCUGCUUCCCAUCCUGCAUGUUGUCAAGCUGAGGUUAGACACACAAGGACAAAGAGUUGACAAACUAGUUUAUAAAAGUAGGAGUUAGACCUACUCUGUAUCAUAAUGUUACCUCUGGUUCUUGUCCUCAGCCCCAGCAAAGCUCUGUUACUUCAGCUGGUGGACCAUGUGUGUGAGGGGAUUGAAGAAGGAGUGCUAAGGCAUGCAGAGUCCCUGUGCAGAGCCCUGGAUGGAGAGCUGGACCUCAGUGAGACCAGGCUGGACCAGAAGACCUGUGGAUCUCUGGCCCUGGUUCUGGAACACUCAGAGGGGCUGUCAGAACUGGACCUCAGCCACUGCCAACUCACAGACCACCACCUACAGCCCCUGCUCACACACCUGCACAAAGUUGAAGUCCUGGAGUAAGUGGGUUUCACUCUGUGUGUGUGUGUGUGUCCAUGUGACUACAUGACAAAUAUCUGAUCCCUCAUUCUCUUCCUGUCUCUGUGUUGUAGCCUGAGUCACAAUGACAUCACUGAUGCUCUGACCGACAGAAUACUCCAACUGGUCUCCACCAACACUUCAAUACACACCGUACGGUGAGUGUGUGUGUGACUUCAGUUUGUGUGUGUGUGCGCGUGAGAUCAUAUGGUCUCUUUUUCUGGGUGCAACUAUUGAUUGAUGGUUAUCUGUAGUGUAGUGUUCUAAUAAUAAUGAUGAUGAUGUUCUUCUCUACAGGCUCUUCAACAACAGAAUCAAUGACAGAUGCCCCUUCCUGACAGACAAGAGGUUUGAGAUCUGGUGAAGUAGCAUCAGGUCUAAGUCCAGACAGAGGAAGAGAAGAUGGAUGUUGAAGAUGGGUGUAGUAGCUAUGAAGCCUCGGCAGGGUGAGACUAGAGAGACUUUUCUGACCAGCAUCCCAUUAACCUAACUUUGACCCUAACCGUAACCUAAUUUUAACCAAUUCUGAAAUGAAAUAUCGGUUUUCACGUCAGCCACGUCCCCUUAGUUUUUAGCAGACGUUAUCAUGAUGUCAGAAGAACGGCAAGUGAUGUCAUCAGGGAUUUUGGGACUAGGGUAGUCGACAGACUACGUAAAAUAAAUGGUGUCAUAAAAAUAGUUGUGACUCCAGAACUCUUGAAUGUUCAGAGUGGUGAGAGAGAGGAAUGUGUAGUUUUACUUACCGCUAACAGUUCUUACUUGUAUUGUCACUCAGGUCCUUAAAAACACAGGAACAUUUG